UACCACAACCGCCUCGCCUCCUUCGUCGACUGGCCCCUCGAGUGGGAAGCCAAUCAAGACAAGCCCACCCCCGAGACCUUCGCCCGCGCCGGGUUUUUCUUCCAUCCCUCUCCGCCGAACCUUCCCGACAACGUCGUCUGCCCCUGCUGCAAGAUCUUCCUCGACACAUGGGACCCCAAUGACGAUCCGAUGCGCGAGCACAAGCUACGGUCGCCAAUGUGCGAGUUCGUG